AACUGAAGGAUGUUAUUGCAAAAAUGACAAAGGAAAAUGCUUCUGUGUUGUAACUUGUUCUGUCAGUCUUCUGAAAGCUGCUGUUCUCAUGUUCACCUCCCUGGGCUGGGUUUCUGAAGACAAUUGUUUUAUACUAGCAAGUAGAAAGCACUGAAAGGAAAUGUAGCUUAAGAAAGAGCGAUACUUUUAAGUUAAAUAUUAACCAGAUUCAAACAAGCUCAAGCGCAUUUCGAGUGUGGUUGACUUGGGCGGUUGAACAAGAAGGAACUCAAGCAGUGAAGAAUAGGCAUGGGGAUACUCUAUUCAGAGCCCAUUUGUCAAGCAGCUUAUAACAACGAUUUCAAUAAAGUUCAGUUCCUUUUGGAGCGCAACUGCAACUAUCUGAACAUCCAGGACAGCUUCAGUGGAGACACCCCCUUAAUUUGUGCAUGUAAAAAGGGAAACAACAGGAUAGUUAGCUAUCUUCUAAGAAGACACGCUGAUGUCAACAUCAGAAACAAGAAGGACCGCACUUGCCUGCAUUAUGCUGUGAGAAAACGGUUUACCUUCCUUGACUAUGUGCUCAUCAUAAUCCUCAUGCCAGUUAUGCUUAUUGGAUAUCUUCUCAUGGUCUCAAAGACUAAACAGAAUGAAAACCUGAUCAAGAUGUUGCUCAGAGCUGGAGCUGAUGUGAAUGCUACAGACUCUUCUGGUAGCACAGCCCUUCACUAUGCUUGUGAAAUGAAAAACCAGGAAAUUAUUCCUCUACUGCUUGAAGCUCACGCAGAAACUUCUGUAAAGAAUCAGGAUGGGGAGACUCCCUUAGAUAUAGCAAGAAGAUUGCAGUUCCACAACAUUGAAAGCAUGCUAAGAAAAGCUUCCUAGUCGUCAAGGACUCUCACAGAUGCAGAAAAUUACCUCAUCUGACAUAGCAGCAAAUGUCCAACAGAGGGUGAAGGCUGUUACUUGAUAAAGACUUGGUCCACAUUCACCCAUUCCUUGCUGUAGACUUUGACAACUUUGUGUGAGACUUGUCAAUACCCCCCAUGUGUGGGGUGAAAGGAGGUGAUUUUACUGAGCCAUGAAUGAUUACAACAGUGGUCAAAAUAUUACCAUUCCCAUCUCCUUCAUCAGUUUUAUUACUUCUGCAGUCUGUGGAUUUUGAAAGCUAUCUACAAAAUAUCUGGAAGCCUAAACAUUGCAUAUGAUGGUUGGCAGCCAAUGAAAAAAUAAAAUAUCCUUUAGAGUGCACAUUACUUCUUCUUUAGGGGAAAUAAACAAUAUGCUACAGCAGUUAUAUAAAGUCUGGUACCCUUCCUCUUAGUAUUUCUCUUCCCACAAUGGGAGUGACUGGGACAAUGGGUCUCUCAGUUGAGCACUUUUACCUUCCAUCCUUCCUACAAGUUUCACACACCUUAAUUCUCACUAUGUUGCUACAAGGGUAGGAGUAUCUUCUUUCUCUCUCUUUUUUUUUUUUUUCAUAUAAGACACAGCAUUAAGAAUGCAUUAAGAAAUAUGAUGAAAUGAAAGUAUGUUUGGCACAGUAGAGAAACAGGUCUCUUGACUACCUUUCCAAUAUAAACAGUGUACUAAAGAAAAGAAAACCAAUAAAUGAAAUGCUGUUGAUGAGAACCAGAUGUAUCCUUCCCAUGGGACUGGACAGGAUAGCAUGCUUUUCAGAGUGGUGCAUGCAGCAGGGGAUAAUACCAAUAAUAAUAAUAAUAAUAUAUUAAUGAAUCUUCUCUUGCAUAGGUGAAAGCAGAAAAAACCUGCAUUUAAUACAUAAGCAAUGUAUUAAAGUGUCCUGCUGCUUUGUGAUUUAAUAAUGCAGCAAUAAAAGGGAGUCUCCUUUGAAUGCUGCUGUACCUUGCCUUCUUGGUCUAAUAGAUCUUUAUUUUUGUUGACAAUUUCAGCCUUUUCCUGUAAGCUGUCAGAAGUGCAGUAGAUAGAUGCCAUGAUUAGCAUUGCUAAUGGUGCUACACUAGGUGCAUGGACAAGCAAAUGUAUUUUUCCUGUGUUGAAGAAGACAGAUAUUUUUCAGUGUAACUGUUCUAUUGGAUGCCAACUCCAACUGCAAAGGGUCUUGGUUGGGCAAUAUGAGUUUGAGGCUGCAGCCAGAAACACCCUACAAAACCAAGCUCCUUGUUUGAGCCUGUAAUAAUGAACACUUUAUGUGUAAUCUAGGGACAGACACUCUUACCUGCCAGAUCAGCUUGUAUGUGAGUGUAUGUGAGGCACUUCCACAGAUAAUGAAGAUGCCAUCUCUUAAGGCUAAUGGCUGGAAAGGAAAAACAACUGACUGCUUUCCCAUGUUCUAGAACCUGCUUGAAGGAAGAAUGGACAAGACACAGAGCUGUCUAAAAGUUGAAGCUGUGCCAAUUAAUUCAUGGGUUGGAACCUGUAUUGCACGGAGUGCACCUUGCCAGAUGGGUCUGCAUUUCCCUAUUCCUCAGCUGCCAUCCAUGGUCUUCAAAACUGAGGGGUUUAGAGUGUGUGAGCAAAAAUUUGUGUGCUUUGUAGGCAUGGAGGGCAGAGGAAUACUUCUAUGCCUUUUUCUUAGGCUGAAUCCCUUGAUAUUUGGUAGACAUCUAUUGUCUGCUCAGUUUCUUGUCUUUGAAGAUCUCUUGGUUGUGUUGAUACUGAAAGCUACUGUGA